GGAGCUGCUAUAUAUAUAACGAGCUCGCCACUUGCGGUCUCGGCCUCGAAUCCAAGGUCACCACCUCGCGAUUUGCGAUCCCUUUCCAACAAGAUCACCGGCACCACCACUUGCAUUGGAAUCGUGUGAGCCACAUGGACAUGGAGGAACAGUUGCUGCACCUGGAGCACUUCAUGCCCAGCAGCCCGGGCUUCUUUGACGUCGGCAGUGGCCACGACCCCGCCCACUUCCCGAACGGCGGGUUAUUCGUCGAGCAGGUCGGCGCCACCGACGACGGCGGGUGGGUGGAGGAACUCAUGCAGCUGGGCGAGGAGCUGUUCGGCGGUCCGGGCGAUGGCGGCAUCAUGGGCGACGCCGACGACCACUACCAGCAGUGGCAGUGCGACGACGACGUCGACGGCGGCUCCCCAGACGGCGGUCCGCCACCGAGCGUGUCCUUGGACGGCGACGACGCGAGCCCAGGGGAGCAAGGCGCCGGGGAGCUCGCCUCCGAGCCGCACCGCGAGGACGGCGACGACGUGUCGGGCGCGACGCGGAAGCGGAGGGACCGGUCCAAGACCAUCGUGUCGGAGCGGAAGCGGAGGGUCCGGAUGAAGGAGAAGCUCUACGAGCUCAGGUCGCUCGUCCCCAACAUCACAAAGAUGGACAAGGCGUCCAUCAUCGCCGACGCGGUGGUGUACGUGAAGAACCUCCAGGCGCACGCCAGGAAGCUGAAGGACGAGGUCGCCACGCUGGAGGCCCGGCCGAGAUCGCCUACCCGACAGGACCAGCCGCAGCUGCAGCACGGCCGGAGCGCGGGGCCCGGCCGACGACGCCAGCAGCAGCAGCAGGUGGAGCGCCGCGACGCGGGGAGCGCGGGCGCCGGCGCCCGGGUGACGCACGUGGGCGCGGCGCAGGUCGGCGACGGCAGGUUCUUCGUGACCGUGGAGUGCGAGCGGCGGGACGGCGUGGCGGCGCCGCUCUGCGCGGCCGCCGAGUCGCUGCUGUGCUUCCGGGUGGAGAGCUCCAGCAUCGGCCGGUCGGGGCCGGACCGCGUCGUGUCCACGCUCACGCUCAAGGUGAGCGAACAAGUAGGAGAUGCAGCCAUCGGCGAGGCCUCCGUGAAGCAUUGGAUGAUGGCGGCUCUUAUCAGGGAAGGCUUCCGGCCCGAAGCGACGGUCCAGAUCUCAUGAUCCGAUCCACCUGGCGGUUCACCGGCUGCUCCUCUUUAAAGGCUGCUGUAAAUGUCUGGAGUGUUUCUAGAGGGACUCCCUUCCCUUCGUCCAUCGACUAUCUCCGCUUCUACUCCCUGUUUCAAUCACCGGCUGCUUCUGUUUCUAGGUGAUGCGUAGCACCUUCUUAAUGUGAUCUCGACCGUUCAUCCGACUUAUCCGAUGGUAUCGACCGUUGCUUUCCCA